GAGCCGGAGCUCAGCCCCGGGAUGGGAAAAGUCUGGGACAAUCCAUUGCUCGGGCGGAAGAUGAAGUAUUAACGCAUAGCAGAGAGGUUCGCAGCGUGAGGAGCACAUGGGGACGGAUCCGGGACGGACGUUUCAUUUGUCUUUUUCUCUCAAUCUGACUUGAACAGAAAUGACCCGUACCAUUAGCAGGAAAUAGCAGGUCAGGGGCAGGAAGGAGCAUCGGAAGACUUGAGAACAAAGAAGCCUGCUGAGAGGUUGUCUGGAUGGAGCUUACCUCGCCGAUGGAAGAACUUGGUGGAUCGGUUCCACGUACAUGUAUGUGCAGGAACAUCAUGGCCAGCCUGCGCCUGGGGAACUAGGGCGGACGGGGGAACGGUACCAGCCAAAGACCUCGCAUGAUGGCUCCUAACUGAAGACAGAAGCGUCGGGUGAAUAUGCUAAAGGUUAAGACAGCUUGGUGACAGCCAGCAGCUUGUUCCUCACCUGCUGCAGUGUGUGUGCUGCCUGUGUAAUUUGGGAGGUCUAAUUGCUCUUUCAGGACAUUUCACAAGAGCAGUUCAGAGGAGAGAGCUGUUCCGCACUCAGCCACUGUGUAAUUUUACCCCGCCGCAGUCUCUCACUUCACACAGGCGCGAUACCUUUGGCCUCCCCCCUUUUCCUUUGUAUCAAUUGGUUGGAGUUCAGCCUAUUGUCGCCACAAGCUUCUUUUAUAUGUGCGCCGGCCUGAGCGGAGGCGCUCAGUCGGACCCGCAGGAGGGAUUCACAGGCGAUCCCACCUCCAGGGCGGUGUCUGUGCGCGCGGCUGGAGCUCUGGAGCGCGGGGGCCCCCGACACUUUAAUGGGACCCUGAGAGCCAGAAGGAAGUGCUCCCGUUUUGUAAUGCCAGCGUCGCGCCACGGCCAUGCCACAAUGCUGCUGAUCUCUCUGCUGGUGUUGCUGAGCGUGCUGCGUCCCGUCUGCCUCCAGGCCCGCUGCUCCGCGGGCCCGGCCGGACACCCCCGCCCGCGGAGGGACGCCGGGGGCCGCGGGGGAGUUUAUGAGCACCUCGGUGGAGCCCCGAGACGCAGGAAACUCUACUGCGCUACUAAAUACCAUUUACAAAUCCAUCCCAACGGGACGAUAAACGGAUCACUGGAGGAAAACAACAAGUAUAGCAUCAUGGAAAUUACAGCGGUGGAUGUGGGUGUUGUGGCCAUAAAAGGCCUUUUCUCCAGCCGAUACCUGGCCAUGAAUGAUAAAGGCAAGCUGUAUGCCUCGGAAGGGUUCAACAAAGAGUGCGAGUUCGUGGAGCGGAUCCAUGAGUUGGGGUACAACACCUACGCGUCGUGCCACCACUCCACCGAGCUGCCGCUGCCGCUGGGAAGUGGCAGUAAGCGGCGUGCCAGUGCCAAGCGCCAGUGGUACGUCUCCAUCAACGGCAAAGGGCGGCCGCGGCGAGGCUUCAAAACGCGGAGUACGGACAAAGCGUCGCUUUUCCUGCCGCGUGUGCUCGGACUCACGGACCACGAGAUGGUCACGAAUGUCACCCGAGGAGAGCGGCGCAGACGCAGACACCGCGCCAGGAAAGGCCGCGGCCUGCGGCCAGAUGACUGAGCAGAUUCAUGUGGCGGGAGUUUACCCUGUUGCCCUCCGACUGAAACGCGGACCCCUCGCCUCGGCACAUCCUGUCGCUUGGCAGCGGCGCAGGAUGCGAAGGAACGCUUCGGAUUCUGCCUGGUGGAUUAGCGGAAGCAUGUUGAUGCACGGAGAGCAGAACACCCAGAGGAGAAGGAAGGCACAGCGUGGGGACACACACACACACACAGCUGAAUAAUCUACCACUUACAGAUUUUGUUAAAUGCCAUUGUCAUGACAUAUUCUCUUAAAUGCCUUUGUCAUGUAAACAGAUGUAUUAAUAUAGUUGAAGUUCUACUUUUGUAAAAUAAAUAAUUUUACCAUCGACACCACACGGAUCAAAAACCCUUUUAACGUGGUUCUCUUGUGAAUAUUGUAUGCACCGUGCAUGUACCGUGACAUCAUAGCUUUUCACUUCACAAGCAGGAUAUCAUACAAUUUGUUUGCUAAUUGAAGUGCUAACGCAAAUAUGACGGAUAUUGAAGAGAGGACUUUAAUCAGCAAAGCACUUUUUGUCGGAUUCACAGUAGGAGACGUUGUGCGUUACAAUGUGAUGUCUACUGCUCGUCAACUGAAAGAUGGACUUUUUAUAUUUUUACUAAUGAGAUGAAUAUUUAUUUGGUGCCUGUGUUGUAAGUUAUUGAUAAUUCUAUUCCUGCAUUUUACCCAUUUUGCUGUUUUGUUUCAUAGUUUUCAUUCACCACCUGGUUCCAAUAUAAAACGUGAUGGGAUCGACCCCAGAGA